GCUGACUCUCUGCAACUUCUGUCCGAAAAGAAAAAAAGUACGCUUUCGAUUUUUUUUUUCUCAAGAAUUUGACAGAUUCGAGUUGUCGGGCCAAUCAGCGUAUCUCUUCUCCUCCUCCUCCUCCUCUCACGCGCUUCAUUUAAACCCCUAUAUCUCUCUCCCCCGCGUCAAAAUCUACACCUCCUUUGAAUGGGAAUCUGUCAAUUCUUCUGGCAAUAGAUUCCGAUUCACAAUCCGCCAUUUCACACAGCGGAAUUCGCUGCGACGUUUUCUGUGAACGUAGAUUUUCAGACGGAUCGGAAGCUUCUGUUCGCUUUCGUUUGAUGUAACAAGUGAAGACGUACGGGACCCACUUCUGUUCGAGAAUCUCUCUGAGAAAAAUGGGAAGUGACGGUUCGUUACGGUUGCUUCGCCUCGGCCUGUGGUGGUGGUGGUGGUGGUUUCUCGCCGGAGAAACGGCGGUUGCGGCGGAAAAGACAAGUGACAGCGGAGAGAGAGAGCUCUACCAGACGCCGACAUGGGCUGUCGCCGCCGUCUGUACUUUCUUCAUCGUCGUCUCUGUUCUUCUGGAAAAAGUUCUUCACAAAGUCGGGACGGUCUUUUGGGAACGACGCAAGAAAGCUCUUCUCGAGGCCCUGGAGAAGGUCAAAUCUGAACUGAUGAUUCUGGGAUUCAUAUCAUUGCUCAUCACAUUUGGGCAAAACCCCAUUCUGAAGAUAUGUAUCCCUUCAAAAGUUGCCCGUACAAUGCUCCCAUGCCGCUGGAAGAACGAGGACGACCACGAAGAAGAAAGUCGUCGAAAACUACUGUGGUAUGAUCACAGGUUUCUGUCAGGAGCUGGAGGAUCCUCAAUAAGAUGUCCUGAUGAGGAUCAUGAACAUCUAAUAUCGGCCGAGGCCCUGCACCAGCUGCACCUCCUCAUAUUCUUCUUAGCAGUCUUUCAUGUCCUUUACAGCUUCCUAACCAUGAUGCUCGGGAGGUUAAAGAUUCGCGGCUGGAAACACUGGGAGCAAGAGGUGUCAUCUGGCAACUACGAGUUUUCAGUCGAUCCUUCCAGGUUCAGACUAACCCAUGAGACGUCUUUCGUUAGAGCACACGCCAGUUUCUGGACGAGGAUCCCGUUCUUUUUCUACGUCGGAUGCUUCUUCAGACAGUUUUUCAGAUCUGUCAGGAAAACCGACUACUUGACGCUGAGGAACGGGUUCAUUUCUGCUCAUCUAGCACCAGGAAGUCAGUUUAACUUCCAAAAGUACAUAAAGAGAUCCUUAGAGGAUGACUUCAAGUUGGUGGUCGGAGUGAGUCCCGUUCACUGGGCAUCGUUCGUUAUAUAUCUCUUCCUAAACGUUCACGACUGGAACAUAUUGUACUUUGGUGCGGCACUUCCAGUGAUCAUCAUCUUAGCGGUGGGGACAAAGCUUCAGGCAAUUCUGACAAAGAUGGCUCUCGAAAUCACCGACAGACACUCAGUUGUCCAAGGAAUGCCGCUUGUUCAAGGGUCGGACCGGUAUUUCUGGUUUGGUCGGCCUCAGUUGCUUCUUCACCUUAUCCAUUUCGCCUUAUUUCAGAACGCGUUUCAGAUCACGUAUUUCUUCUGGAUAUGGUAUUCCUUUCCAUCGGACUCGUGCUACCAUCCCGACUUCAGGAUCGCCAUCAUAAAAGUAUCUAUCGGGACUGGAGUCUUAUGCCUUUGCAGCUACAUCACACUUCCUCUCUAUGCACUCUUGACUCAGAUGGGUUCGCGCAUGAAGAGAUCCGUGUUCGACGAACAGACGUCAAAAGCGCUCGAGAAAUGGCGUAUGACGGUGAAGAAGAGGAAGGAAGGAGACGGGAAAAUUGAGAGUCGGAGGCUAGGGGACGGAAGCCUAAGCCCGAGAGGAACGACGGCCCGUUCGUCGGGACGAACCUUACACCGUUACAAAACCACUGGCCACUCCUCAACCCGACAUGACAAUGGAGCGUCGUCAGAGCUUGAGGCAGAGACCGAACCUUUGUCACCAAGGUUCGAUCUUGUUGCAGUAAGGGUCGAGCCCUGUAAGCGAGAAACUGAAGCCGUCGAGAUAGAAAACGAUAAUGGCGAAACCAGCAAUGGAACCGAUUUCUCCACUGCCAAACCUGCAGCAGCACAUGAAGAAUCACGAUGAAGACAGUCACUGCGAUGUUUACAGAUAUCUAGCUUUGGAAAAUAUACAUAUUUUUUUUUCGAAAAUAUACAUAUUUUUUUUGCAGAAUAUAUAUAUAUAUACCCUAUGACCAUUUUCUUCCUGCGUGCCUUUGAGAU